GGUGCAACCUUCAUGUUUAAUCGUUGGAUUUGAAGAAUAAAUUACUCCGAGACCAUCGCCAAAUACUGAUAAGUUUUCUGUUGAAAAGAUCAGCAUUGACAACAACACGGUACAAAAAGAUCGUUUGUUCGUGCCUGAGAAAGUCUACUGAUCACCGAAGGACUCAUUUAAUAGACAUCGCUUCCUUUUCAUCUCGAGUUAAAGGCCUUGGAAACCGAUCCAGCUGUCCACUUAAUUCCGGCUUCUUCUUCAAGUGAACAACAACAAUGCCUGAAGAGAGAGAGAUAACUUCUCCGGUAAAGAGCAACGUUAAAAAUCCGCCCUGGGGAACGGAACCAGAAACUCCAGCCACAGCGUCUGGGAUAAGAAAGAAACAGUUUCCAUGGACCACAUAUAGUAGAGAUUAUGUUGGAGCCACUGGAACUCCAGCAUAUCCUCAAAGAAUGAGCACCGCUGAACAUCUUCCAUCCGGCUGGCCUUUCGAGUCAAGCCAUUACAUGUCCACCUUCAGAACUCCUCAGCUGAGAUACUGUCGUCAUAAUGUACAACCUUCCUCAGUACAUCGGAAAAACAAUCCACACGCGGCAUUAACCGACCCAUGGCAGUAUCCAGACAAGGCUUACUUAGUGUGGAAGAACAAUCCGUCCCUAAAUCUCCCGCCCAUCCGGGAUUCACAGUCAGCACCUAACAUUCUACAACACAACAAAAGCCGCUGGUUUUCAACGACUUACAACACCGUCUUCAACGCUAGACCGCUCGAACUUCCGAACUACAAACCAAGGACCGCGUGGAAAACAGAUCGCUUUAGACCGAACUCAAAAGCUCAGACUCCCGCUCUUCAUUGGCAGACCGAGUACUCUCACGACUACAAAGGAGCCCGGGGAAGACCAUCUACAACUGAGCGGCCGUGGGAUAUGUCUUGGAGCAACUUAAACAUGUGAAUUAUGCGCAAGAAACACCAAACUCCAGAUGACUUCAAUGUGACGUUUGAGAAAGGCUGAAAAAGUUUAGAAAGUCUAUUGAAUUUGUAAAUCUAGAGUAUGUUAUUACUUUUGGUAGUGUAUAUGUAUAUAUGUAAUGUUAUUUGGUGUUGUAUAUGUUAUUUUAAGUAAAUUUCAAUAGCUUUGUAACUUGAAGAAAGAGCCAUAGAAUAGUGCUUUUUUAAGAAGCACGUCACGGACUUGGAGAAAGGGGACAUUUUUUGUCUCAAUUUUGUCUCAUUUUUAACAUAAGGCCUGCUAAAUGUUUAAAGAUCAGGUCUUGAAUUUUCCAAAGUUGACAACGCCGUACAUUUGCUCAAGUGUAACUCACCGACCUAACGCAGCAGUGACCACUCAGGUUUGCACAAUACAGCCCGCUUUUUGCAAGCUUUCAGGAAAUUAUCAUUUGUAAUUAUGAGUUUGUUAACUUAAUUUGUAAUUAAAUUUUCUCAGGGCAGUUUAAUAGGAUGCAGUCAGCAGUUGCUGAACCAUAGAAUUUUUAGUUUGUAAUGUCGAACAAAUUUUUUCAUAAAUAAAACAGUUAAAGUAACAGCUCAUCCACAGA